AUGAAUCAUCAUCUGUCCUCCAAGAGGCGGUCGGACUAUCAACGGCAGGGUCUGGGGGUCGUAUCCCCACCUCCAAAGCGAAAGCGAACUCUCCCUCCCAGCUUCACGGGCCAGAACAUCCCAGACCAGCCUCCCGAUAAUGAUAUUCGGAAACACUGGCCAUUAUUUGGGCACCCUGGUAGCAGUACCACUACCAGCGCGAUCAAUAAGCGACAGGCUAUACUUAAUCAUCUUGACGAUCAGGCAACGUUUAAGAAGGGAGACGAGGAUUACCAAGUACAUAUGAAGCUACGGUGCAAGGUAGGCAUCGAGCUUGAAAAAUGGGCUACCGUUGGCUGUCAGCUUUGUUACGUUCUCGAUAACACCGGCUUAGAUCACACUCUCAAAAACUGCACCGCUGCAGGUUCCGAGGUAGCACAGAGAAUCCUGAGCUGGCUAGAAACGUUGCAUCUUGAACGGUACGCAGGGAACGUGAAUCAUUGCAGCCUCUGUACCGAGACCGACCAGAUAUGCGAAGAUAUAGCUAUAAUGAUACGCAGGUAUCAUGCCAACACCAAGGAAGAGAAGAAUCAUUGGACAGAGAAGUACAUGUCGGCAACGGGUCCAGAUGGACUCUGUGAUAACAAGCCAGCCGUACGAAGGACCAUUGCCGCCCUUUGUACGGUUGACGAUCAGAUUCUCGGCAAAGCGUUGACCAACUUCGUAUCCAAGUCAUAUAAUAUAGAUCUUACUCUGGAAAGUCAAGCGACCAAGUGGUUCGAAGAAAAGGUUCCCCUCGAAGAGACAUGGGUACCGAAGCUCCUUGUAGCCUUUGACCUACUGUACCAAUUACCACUGGUAAUGACAUCCAUUACAAGUUUUUGUGGCCCGUGCACCACUCUUUUCCAAGGCGGCUAA